AUGGCUAGCAAAGACCGUCUUCCGAGAAACGAGACUGAGUGGAGGGAGUGGGCCGCUUCGCAUGAGGUGUCUAACUCAACUAUCCAUGAUGCUCCGCUCACGUCUGGAUCGAAUAUCAACCACCAGCAAUACCUUCUACUUCAUGUUCUUUGGAAGACCUCCAUGGCCAGGCAACUAAAACUGGAAGAGUUUGGCCUCAAGGAAUGGAAACAGAAGGCGGACAAACUUCUGGCAACACUUCAAUCCUGGGAUCGCUACCACCAGAGCUUCACCAGCAACGCUAUCCUUGAGGGAACAUUCGCCUUGGCUAAAAAGUACCAGUCUGAAGCCUCGGGGUCCCUUGAUGAGAGGUUUCGUCCGGAUGUGGCAUUUACUCCUGUUGCCCAUCGCACGCGUGGCAAAAUGGGUGGAUUAGAGCGGAAAAUGAGGGAGAUACAGCUUCAGACCCCGACUAAGUCUACGGGAACGAUACCAAACACACCAGGCGAAGAAACGCCCUUCAAUUCACCAGGACCGAGUGAGAUCUCGAAUCAAAUGUAUCCCCAAACUGAAGAUGAGCAGAUUGUAAAUUCAGCACUUGUGGACUUCUUGAAUGCUCUGAGCAUACACUUUCCUGAAGCAUGCGACUGGACUCUACAUCGGAAAUCUUUCAAGGCAGAUUUCGAACAUGCGUCGUAUGAAGCACGAACGGAUGGCUAUCUAAAGGGAGGGCCUCCUGGGAAGGCGCGGGCAUUGAUUGAAGUAAAGCCAAUGCUAAGGGAGAAAAAGCGAAUUCCAAUCUGCAUGCAGGAGGCUGCUCAGAUGGUGGCUUGGAUCAAAUCAGAUCCUGAUUCUACUGGUGUAUUGAAUCUGCCGGGUCGUCGUCUCCAUGUUUCACAGGACCGUCAUCUUAUUUAUCUCAUUUUUGCGGAGUAUGAUGACGCCUAUAUUCAGUAUCUCAACAACACGCUGCCCCCCGGGCCGUCCCCGUUUCUCAGGAUGCGUGAAUUCGGGCCCUGGAAUACGCUGAAUCGAAGUGACAUGGUCAGUCUUGGUGGAAUUCUACUGGCGAUUGCCUUACGUGCAUAUGCAGAUGCCAAAUCGAACAACUGACAAGCGAAAGUCUGAUUGAGUACUGGAAGGAUAACCUCUGAUCAACGGCAGAGGUACGAGUGUGCUGCAGAAAGCAUUCAAGCAGUCGUCGUUCUCACAUCUUAUCAAUCUUGACAACGGCUACCAACGUGAAAAUUGCGAGCUUCAGGUCGUUCCCACAUCAAGGCACUCGAUGCGUUCAACGAGAUGUUCCUAACGUUGUCAUGAAAACAGCCAGCUGCUGGGCAGUAAUGCCGUUGGCCCGCGUUUCCUAUUGCGUGAGAUCCCACUUUGUUGUUCCUUUGUAUCUUAG